GUGGAUGGGAAAAAUUGGGUGGAAAAAGACCUUACCACAGCAAUGUGAUGUCGCCAUGCAGCGGGAAAAGCGCAGCCAUAGGAGCAGCCACAGACUCGUCACGUCCUGGCUUCUGCGGGUCCUAGAGCCAAAGGCCACAAGCGCGCGGUGGAGAUCUGCGAGAGAGACACAACACGUCCGAGAAUGGUCGGCCGGAAAGGAAAUAAAAAACGCAUUGUUAUUUGACGUUUUGAAUUACGCCAACCACGUCGACUACGAAUCAGACAAAGAACGGCUAGCCGACAGUUUGGACGGGAAGAAGGGGGGACGUCCUGCUGACUAGUGCGACGAGAGCUUUUCGCAGCGGCCAUCCAGGCAUCGCCAGCUGUCGCACACAAAGAGCACGGCAGCAGGAUCGGAGGGCGGGAAGGGAGAGCGGCCAGGCGUCAGCAUCGUGAGGUUGGACCGCAUUCAGAUUGAUAGGCAUGCAAGCCUCACGGACGAGAGAACCUGAGACUGUGGCGAGAGCGUUUUUGCCUUUCCCCUCCCUCGCCGGACUCCCGCCGCCCAAUGACAGCGCAAGCGCGCGACCGCCGAUCAUGGACCACGCGGUCACUGCGCAGUCUGCGCUGGCACGUGUGCGUGGCUCCAAGGGUUUUUCGCAAAAAGUCGGACUCUGAUCGAUGUACCUCUGUAGAUCCAAGUGGCGCAGCGACGCCCGCUCCUCUGAAGAGCGUCAGAGCCAUCGCGGGUCGGGCGAGCCUGCCAACGCCCGAUCGUGCCAAUCAGCUGGCCUGUGGCCCACGCCGAGCUAUUCUGCGCUCUCGCUGUCAAACACGUUAUCCUGAGGCGUCGAUCGUUCAGUGGCAAAAAGCCCGUCGCGAAAUGACUUCGACUCCGUCGUCCGCUAGAUCCGAAAGGAAUAACGAGGGUCGACUUUGGGCCCCACGAAACGAACGAGACCUAGACUUUGCGACCGCUCGGCCUCGUGGACGGAGCUUGGGGGUCGCAUUGGCGGAUGCGUCGAGCCUGUCCUAUCCUCCUUCUUCGCUUGCAUUUCAAAAGCGCAGCCGGGCCCUGAUUCGCGGACUUUGGUUGCCACCCGCUGGCGUGCGAGAUGCACGUCUUCGUUGCUGUUGGUAAGGAGUACCGCCCAAGCGCAGAGGACGUGGCCAACACGACCGAACACGCAAUCCCAAAGGCGUGAAUUUGCUGGUCCUCGGCGCGCAUUCGUAGCUCGGGCGCGUCGACGAGAUGAGCUGGGCCGGGGGGCGAGAAAAGCAGGUACGCAGACAUUCUCGGAUCAGAAGGGGGAAAGAUAGGGAGGAAACAAGGAUGUUAUUCGCAUGCACGUAGCAUGUUCGUGCAGAUGAUAUUGCGCUAGUCCAUUAAAUUUCCUUGGAACAAGAUCGGCCAGAAAGGCAAUACGUAGAUCAAUUAUUCCUAAAUCGUUUCUCGGUUCGUGACAGAAAAGAAA